UUCAGUUUCACAUUCCUCUAAAUACCUUUAAGAAGGGAAGCUAACGGAAGUCUGAAAACCCCGUGACAGUAGAUGGGUGAAAUAAAAGUUCUGUCAUCCAGUGAGAGACAGAGGAGUAACAGAAACCACUCCAACCUAAACUGAGGAGAAAAAACAAGACAAGGUCACACCCUGGACAUGGCCUCCGAGAUCCACAUGCCAGGCCCGAUAUGCCUCAUUGAAAACACUAGAGGGCAGCUGGUGAUUAAUGCAGCAGCUCUGAAGACCCUGUCCGCCAUUACAGAGCCUCUUGUCGUGGUGGCCAUUGUGGGUCUCUACCGCACAGGCAAAUCCUACCUGAUGAACAGGCUGGCGGGGAAGAACAAGGGCUUCUCUUUGGGCUCCACAGUGCAGUCUCACACCAAGGGAAUCUGGAUGUGGUGUGUGCCCCACCCCAAGAAGUCAAACCACACCCUAGUUCUGCUUGACACUGAGGGUCUGGGGGAUGUAGAGAAGGGUGACAACCAGAAUGACUCCUGGAUCUUUGCCCUGGCAAUACUCCUGAGCAGCACCUUCGUCUACAACAGCAUGGGGACCAUCAACCAGCAGGCCAUGGACCAACUGCACUAUGUGACAGAGCUGACAGAUCGAAUCAGGGCAAAUUCCUCACCUGACGCAAGUGAGGUUGAGGAUUCUGCUGCAUUUGUGAGCUUCUUUCCAGACUUUGUGUGGACGCUGAGGGAUUUCUCCCUAGACUUGGAAGCAGAUGGACAAUCCAUCUCAGCAGACGAGUACCUAGAGAAUUCACUCAAACUUAAGCAAGGUACCAGUCAGAAAGACAAAAAUUUUAAUCUGCCCCGACUCUGUAUACGGAAGUUCUUCCCAAAGAAGAAAUGCUUUAUCUUCGAUCGGCCCACUCACCGGAAGAAGCUAGGCCAGCUUGAGACACUGCAUGAUGAUGAACUGGACUCUGAAUUCGUGCAACAAGCUGCCGCCUUCUGUUCCUACAUCUUCAACAAUUCCAAAACUAAAACUCUUUCAGGAGGCAUCGAAGUCAACGGGCCUCGACUGGAGAGCCUGGUGCUGACCUAUGUCGAUGCCAUCAGCUGUGGGGAUCUGCCCUGCAUGGAGAAUGCAGUCCUGGCCUUGGCCCAGAUCGAGAACUCGGCCGCAGUGAAAAAGGCCAUUGCUCACUAUGACCAGCAGAUGGGCCAGAAGCUGCAGCUGCCCACUGACACCCUCCAGGAGCUUCUGGACCUGCACAGGGCCAGUGAGAAAGGGGCCAUCGAAGUCUUCAUGAAGAAUUCCUUCAAAGACGUAGACAAUUUAUUUCAAAAGGAAUUAGCGGCUGAGCUAGAAAAAAAGCGAGAUGACUUUUGUAAACAGAAUAUGAAAGCAUCAUCAGAUCGUUGCUCAGCUUUACUUGAGGAUAUCUUCAUUCCUCUAGAGGAAAGUAUAAAGCAGGGGAUUUAUUCUAAACCAGGAGGGUAUCGUCUUUUCAUCCAGAAGAUGCAAGAGCUGAAGAAUAAGUACCUUCAGGAACCCAGGAAGGGAGUACAGGCUGAAGAAAUUCUUCAGGCAUACUUGAAGUCCAAGGAGUCUAUAUCUGAUGCAAUUCUACAGACAGACCAGACUCUCACAGAAAAGGAAAAGGAGAUUGAAGUGCAACGUGUGAAAGCUGAAUCUGCAGAGGCUGCAGCAAAAAUGUUGGAGGAAAUACAAGCAAAGAAUCAGCAAUUGAUGGAACAGAAAGAAAAGAGUUAUCAGGAACAUGUGAAACAAUUGACUGAGAAGAUGGAGAGUGAGAGGAUCCAGUCAAUGGCAGAACAACAGAGGAUUCUAGAUCUUAAACUUCAGGAACAGGCCCAGUUACUAAAAGAAGGAUUCAAAAAUGAGAGCAGACAACUUCAUAAUGAGAUACAGAAUCUCAAGAAGAACAGAAAGACCCAGGAAGCUAUGCACUAUAAGCUAAAGAUUUAAAGAAUAGAGUUUUCCUGGUUCUUUUUAGUCCAAGCCGUAAAUCAAACAGAAUUUGGAAAAUAGCCACUACAGUUGAUAAUAAUUAGGUCUUGCAUUUUUAUAACAUCAAAAAUUUGCAAAUACAUGCAGUACUGUAAUUGAAAGUAUGUCCAUCUUCCUAACAAUAUUGUCAAUGGUGUAACAAGGAUGCCGUUCACCUCUGUUACCCACAUAGGAGGUAUCAGGAGUUGGUACCACUCAGGAGAAGCUUAUUCUCCCAGUUGACCACCAGGAGACAAAUGGAAACUGAGCAAAGCCUUAGGUAAAAGACUUGAGACAUAGCUGGGCGUCAGUCUGGCCCAGUGUACAAUAGGUUCCAAUGUCAGGGACAACCAUCCUACCUUCUUAGUGAAGACAUGUACAGUUUUCUAUUGCAUCAAGACCCCACAGUCUGUGAUCAAUGAUGUGAUUCCUAGGCCCUGAGGAUAGACAAUGCGCACUGAUGAAGUCCAAGCUAAAGCCAACCACCUUAUAUAGUGAUCUAACCCCACCACAGAAUUUCCAAAGGAAGAUGGAAGAAAUCGUUAGUAUAAGUAAAAGUUGGCUCAUAAAUAAAUGGGCUAAAGAAGGAAACUUUCCCUUCUUCCUUGAUUUACCCAGAUUAUGAAUUUAAUAGGACACGUUAGAACUUUAGCUAACUGUCACUGGACUAAACUAACAUGAUGACAAUUUUUAUUGUGUAUUUGUAGCAAUAUAUAGUUUGCAAAGAUAAUGUGUUAGAAAAUGAAGCUAACUUAAUUGUUAGAUUGUUUGUAAUCCUAAAGUGUAGGCUAUUUUUUCCCCCAAUUCUUAACAGUCAUACUUGAAAGCCUGCUGAUUUUCCCAAAGAGAACAUGGAUUGUUUUUAACAUUUUUUAAUCAAUAAAAUAAUGCCCUUGGUAUUACUUAGUUUGUGUAGAGUUUUUCCCAACUCUCAAAACUCCUAGGCAACUGGAUGAUGUUUCUUAAAGUGAUUAAGAAUUAUUUUUAAACUCGAAAUAAAAUAUACUUCACUAGGCUUUUUAUUUCUGAUACGUUUGUUUGUUUGUUUUUCAGUUUCUCUCCAAAAUAUAAGGUUUUAGUCUUCAUAGCAAUACUUAGCUAACUUCUAUAAAAAACAAAAACAAACAAAAAAAAACAAACACAGGUAGUAACUAUUCAUGGCUUUGUGGGCCACACAGUCUCUCUCUCAGCUAUUCAGUUCUGCCAUGUAGUGCAAAAGCAGUCAUAGACAAUACAUAAAUAAAUGGCCAUGGCUGUGUUCCAACAAAACUUUAUUUUCAAAGAUAGGUGGUACCCACAAGCCAUAGUUUGCUAACUCUUGCUUUAUAAAAACAGUGGUUUAAGUUCUGCCUUAUGUUCCUUAAGUAAUAUAUGGAUUAGACUGUAUAUGUUAGGAUAUUGAAAAUAUUUUGCAGUGUUUCAAAAUAUUACAUGAUGAGAGAAAGGAGGGAAGCGGCUAAUGCCACUAAAUCUGUUUUAAUAAACCUGCUUUUUCUAAUUGUGUUCCAUUAAUUCCAUUGAGCCCCCUUCCUGCUGUCAGAUGGUGAAUGCCUCCUUCCACAGUCUAGCACAUGCUGCUAAGUAUUUCUUCACUUGAACUGUAACUUCACAGGUGACCAAGUCGGACACACAGCGUACUAGAUGGAGUAUUUUUGUAGCUAGGCUUUGUAUUCUCCUUUCCAAUUGCAACAAAGGAGUUAAAAUUACAUUUUUUUGGUUUUGGUUUUUUGUUUGUUUUACUUUACUAACAAUUGUCACCCCAAUAAACUUUAAUUAAAAAAAAAUACAUUUUCAUUAGUUGAAGAAACUUCAUGGUAGAAAAGAAUAACCUUCAAAACCAAAUACUGAUUUCUUUAUUAACCAUUUAAAAAUAAGGACAUCGACGUGACAACAUGGAAGGUAUUAUGCUAAGUAAAAUAGGUCAGAU